AUGGACGACGACGAUGCCGUGAAAGCAUCAGCUCCACUUUCUCGCAAGGGAGGUCCAGCUGCUGGAAUUGGCGGCAACGUCAUGACCUUCACCAUGGAUGAUGGCGAUGAUGAUGACAUCCCCGAGGCUACUGACAAAGGCCGCCAGGGCCGCCAGGGCCGCCAGGGCCGCCAGGGCCGCCAGGGGUCCAAGGAUGGACCCGAGGAUGUGGUGCGAGGUCCAGGAUCCAGUGGAGACAGCUUUGGAGCCCAGAGAAUCAGCCACACCCUCUCGGGUGAGUCGCCCAAAGCCGACAGCACCGAGCCCGAAGAAGUCGUCCGCGACGACGCGCCGGAGCUCCCCGGGGCCGUCGGCCGGACACCGUCGCUGGCGCUCUCGCUGCGCGGUGGCUCCAUCCGGUUGAGGGGCGGCACUUCGAAGACGCCAUCCUUAGCCAUCUCAGUCAGGGGUGGUGGUUCCAUGCAACUCUCCGAGAAGGUUGACGACAAUCAGUUGGGAGUCAGAUCGACCCGGCCCAUGAGCGAUGCGGAUCUCCACCGAGCGGUCCUUGCGGGGGAUGCCGAUUUAGCCUCGCAGCACAGCAUAGCACAGCUGGGAUUGGUCCCUGCCACGGUGGGUUCCUUGGAGGUCCAACGUCUAAUUUCAGAACGAGCUGAUGUGAAUGAGGAGGACGACGACUCGCCGCCCUUGUUCAAAGCCGCCGGCUUGGACUCGCCUGACAUCGCCCGAGCGCUUCUGGCAUCACAGGCAGACGUGAACUGGCGCGGCUCGGAGUUCAGCUUCACCGCGCUACACCAGGCCGUAUGUUUGAACAACAGCAAGAUGAUUGAGGCCUUGAUGGACUGCAAGGCCAAUGUCCACAUCGUGGACGAGGGCGGGUCCAGCGCUUUGAGCCUGGCCAUGUCGGUGCAGAAGAGGCUAGAGGCAGACCUGGAGGAAGCAGAGCAAUCGGAACAUGUUUGCACGCGUGAGCUGGAACGACAGGCUGUGAUGUGUGACAUGGCCAAGAACUCUCGCAUUCGCGAAGUCCUGGAAGCUGCUGGCAGCCAAAUCGCCGAAGCCUAG